UGUAUCAAUGACAGCAACUACCACUACAUUAUUAGUCGAAACUGAUUAUGUGCAUAAUCAAACGUCACAUUAAUCGUCAAACUUUACCAAGAACCAAAUUCCUGUUAAAAUAUGCACCCAUUAACCGUUUUACCGAUACUGUCCCGAUUUGUAUUAAGGCACAACAGGAAAACGCUAAGAAUUGUGUGUAAACGAAGAUAUAGUAAAGCAGCAGAAGAAUGCAAAAAACCACCACCGGAGGUACGUGUUUGUACCAUAUCGGAAUGCAUGGUGGAUCCUUGUAAACCAGAACCAUCUGUUAUCAUAAUUGGCGCUGGUAUCGCUGGACUAUCUGCCGCUCAACGGCUUCUACAAUGUGGUAUAAGUAACUUCAAAAUACUAGAAGCUACUGAAAGGCCCGGCGGGAGAAUACAUUCCUGCAUGCUGUCAAACAUAGUAACCGAAAUGGGUUGCCACUACAUCAAAGGCGCAUGCGUGGCAAAUCCUGUUUUUAACUUAGCAGCUCAAGAAGGUCUUCUGAAAGCACCAUUACACGCAGAUGAUCCACUAAAAGGUUUGUAUUGCACCAGCGAUGGACGAGCAAUAGAUUACCCAACUUCGACGAUGGCAUUCCACAUAUUUAAGUGUAUAGAAAAGGAAGCAUUUACAUUAUUCAACAUGGGAUGUAGACAAGAUCAUGGUUCGUUGAAAAAAUUUGUGUAUUUGAGAAUUCAACAAGAAAUUCAAAAAUUCCCAGAAGAUCAACGCUACGAUAUUUCCCGAAUACUUUACGGCUUAACAAAUGGUUUGAGGUACAAAGUAGGAGACGAUUUGGACAAUGUAAGUGCGGACAAUGUAGGAAGUCUCAUUAAAAUACCUGGCGGUAAUGUGACAGUGCCUGAUGGAUUUGUUAGUGUACUAUCUCCUCUUUUACGCGACCUUCCAAAAUGCAGUAUAGAAUUUAACAAACCAGUUGGUCUUAUUCGGUGGGGAGCGGUUCAAGGAAGAGGGCAAUCAUCCAGAGCUAUAGUACAGUGUUGUGAUAGCGAAGAGUUUUGUGCAGACUAUGUUAUAAUUACAGUGUCGUUGGGCGUUUUAAAAGAACACGGGGACAAACUGUUUUGUCCUGCUUUGCCUUCCUGUAAAUUGGAGGCAAUAAAAUGUUUAGGAUAUGGUAGUGUAGAUAAAAUUUUCUUGGAUUACGAGAGACCGUUUUGGAUAUGGUCAAACGGAUCGAUCAAAUUAGCUUGGUCACAAAAAGAAUUAGCGGAUCGAACAGAUUGGACUAAAGGUAUCAGUGCCAUUGAAGAGGUAGAAGGCAGUAAGCACGUACUCUGUGCAUACGUUAGUGGUCCAGAGGCUGUUGUUAUGGAACACGCAACUGACGAAGAAGUCGCAGAGGGUAUCACGAAACUGUUACGCCAAUUCACUGGUGACCCUUCUUUGCCUUAUCCCUCUACGAUAUUAAGAUCCAAAUGGUCAUCAGAUCCUUACUUUUGUGGAGCUUACAGUUACAUGAACGUAAAAUCGAAUAUUGGGCACCAGUGUGAUUUAAGCAGUCCUGUUCCAGGAUCCUGUGAGCCAGUACCGCCUAUAUUAUUGUUUGCUGGUGAAGCAACGUGUGCUGGCCACCACUCAACCGUUCAUGGAGCUAGGUUAAGUGGAAUACGGGAAGCCGAACGGAUCAUUCAACUUACGAAACAGUAUGGCGGCCCACCACCGUACGAACGCCAGUGAAACAAAUAGCAUAGUUUUUCAAAUGCGUUUUAUUAUACUUAACAACAUUUUCGAUAUAUAUCUUACACUAAAAAGAAAAUAAAUUAAGUAUGGUGUAUAUUAACCGUCUUGAAAUUUGUAACGUUACUGAAAUUUGUUUAAUAAAGUAUAUAGUACAUUUGUA